GUGGUGCUGAAGGCAGACUCGGGCUCUGAACCCAAAACUAAAGUCCCGUGUUAUGCAAGUCGGAAUAUAGCAAAGGAGGGGAAAUGAAGUCGAUCAUCAAUGCCUUAAAAAAGGAAGUGCCUUUCCGCGAGGCCCCAGCCUACUCCAAGCGCCGCCGGGGCCCGUCUUCUGGCAGCGGAAACGAGCCGUCCCCCUCCUCGUUAUCAGCGCCGCGGGUCCUGCUGCGCUCCAACAGCGACAACAACCUAACCGUCAGUCAGUACCAGCAGCAGCAGCACGGUUCUCCUGGCAACUGGGCCCCCCAUCUGCAGCAACACGCCCAGCCCCACCCACACAGGGCCCCCCAGCAGGGUCUCUCGCAGCCUGGCUCCUCAGCACUACACCGCAGCCUGUCUCCCCAGCUGCUCCAGCAGAUGCCCAGCGGCAGCCCAAAUGGCAACGUGGUGGUCCGGACCAUGGGGAGGGGGGCACGGAGCCGCUCGCCCUCCCUCAGCCGGCUCGGGGAGGAGGCCCGCCGAGCUCCGCCUGCACAGCGCCAGCCCAGCGGCCCCGGCGAGGCCGUGGGCUCCAGGAGGAAGCUGUACAGCGCCGUCCCCGGCAGACAUUUCGUGGCGGUGCGACCGUACGUCGCCCAGGCCGAGGGCGAGAUCAGCCUGUACAAGAGCGACAGGGUCAAAGGUCAGCUGAGCAUCGGGGAGGGGGGUUUCUGGGAGGGCGGCGCCCGCGGCCAGGUGGGCUGGUUUCCAGCCGACUGCGUGGAGGAGGCCCGGCCAAGGCCGCGACGAGAGGAGUAUUCCCGAACGGACCGCGCUGACAGACGGAAGCUCUUCAGACACUACACGGUGGGAUCCUACGACAGCUUCGACGCCUCCAGUGACUGCGUGGUGGACGAGAAGACGGUGGUGCUCCAGAAGAAGGAGAAUGAGGGAUUUGGCUUCGUCCUGCGAGGGGCAAAAGCGGACACGCCCAUCGAGGAGUUCACCCCCACGCCGGCCUUCCCCGCCCUGCAGUACCUGGAGUCUGUGGACGAGGGGGGGGUGGCAUGGCAGGCGGGGCUCCGGACCGGAGACUUCCUCAUCGAGGUGAACCAGGAGAAUGUGGUGAAGGUGGGCCACAGACAGGUGGUCAACAUGAUCCGCCAGGGAGGCAACCGGCUCCUCAUCAAGGUGGUGACGGUGAGCCGGAAUCUGGACCCCGACGACACGGCACGCAAAAAAGCCCCCCCACCUCCAAAGAGAGCCCCGACCACCGCCUUGUCCAUGCGCUCCAAGUCCAUGACCUCUGAACUGGAGGAACUGGUGGAUAACGCCACUCUAAGGAAAAAGAAAGGUGACAAGGUCGAAGAGAUGACGCACGCCCAGAAGUCCUCGCCUGUCGACACCAAGAUUGCCACGAUCAAACCACGCCCAUCCAGUCGCUGUUUGGUGACGGCCGCUGAUAUGAACUCCAUGUAUCACGACCGCCAGGGAGUAGCAGUGGUGCCACCCACUGUGCCGGGGGCCUUUCUGGGGAUACCCGAAAAGAGCACUUUGAAAAAGCAAAAGUCCAUAGGUACAUCGGAGGACGAGAAACAGGGAUUUCUCACACCUCCCCUACUCAAGUUCUCCCGCAGCCUCUCCAUGCCCGACACCUCAGAAGACAUUCCUCCUCCUCCAGCCAUCUCGCCUCCUUCGCCACCGGACUACAACUCAGCUGCUGCCUCAACGCCCAAGAGCUACGGCACCACCCGACCCAGCUUCGCCCAGAACUCACCCAAUGCAGUGAAGACCAUUAGCCGGACCACCGACGUUGGCACGUUAAGGCGUGGUUAUUUCCGCCAGAGCUCCGAGCACUUCGAGACCACACGCAGUCGAGGGCGCACGCCAGUGCCCGAGAACCCUUACUCCGAGGUGGGCAAUAAGACACUGUACGUGCCAGCCAAACCAGCUCGAAGGAAGGGCAUGCUGGUAAAGCAGCCCAACGUCGAGGACAGUCCCGAGAAAACGUGUCGCAUGCCGGCCAACCCCUCGGGCGCUGUUUCCAUGCCUACUACGCCAGUAGAACGAACUUGCUCUUCCAUUCCCAUCCCCACUAUCAUCGUUAAGGAGCCCUCCACCAGCAGCAGUGGAAAGAGCAGCCAGGGUAGCAGCAUGGAGAUUGAGCCCACCACCCCUGAACAUCCACCUCUAACGCCCACUGUUUGCGGUCUGCGUCCCGAAGACCCUAUGUCUCUAAGCAACCCCUUUGCGGCGGCUAUUGCCGGAGCAGUACGGGACCGGGAAAAGAGGCUAGAGGCAAAAAAGCAUUUACAUUCCUUCCAGUCAGUAGACAUGGGGGACGAUGACUUCGGUGGUCCCACACCAACACCUCGCCUUCGGCAUUCAAAGUCUAUCGACGAAGGCAUGUUUAGUAGCGACGAGCGGCUUCGAAGGAUAUUGGGUCCCCCUCUCGCAUCGCAGCUUGGGCCCCCUGUUGGGGGCGGUAGUGGCAACAUGACAGAUUUCAACACUCCUGAGCCUACAGUGGUACGGGAACCUCUAAACACAAGAACAGGCCAGUGUCCCAACCUGGACAGUCCGGUUAGUCUCCCAGCCACUCCUCCUAAGAGCCACUACAGGGCCAACGGGACCUACCUCCAUCCUGUCACCGGCAAGCCCUUGGAUCCUAAUUCUCCACUUGCUCUGGCCCUGGCAGCUCGUGACCGGGCCAUGAAGGAGCAACAAAACCAUCCUCAGAAUCAGACACCAAAUCCUCCUCAGGUUCAGCAGACGCCCAAGCACGAAGCCCAGUCCCUCCCAAUUCAGCCAAGCCACAAACCAGACCUCAACCAACCGCUCUUUAUUGACACCAAACUACGCUCCGGGAUCGAGACAAGUUUCGCUGCGAUCUCCUCAGCAACCAUGGGCCGGCCUGGCCGAGGCGGUCUGCGGAGGCAGGCCACGGAGCAGAAGUACGAGUCUGAUGGGGCACGGGAAGAACGGCAGCACCAGGCACUUGAGGAGAGGAAAAGUGCGCCAGCCGAUGUGGCAGACGCAUCACCGCCCAAGUCAACCGGGCUGUUGAUGGUCCACACCAGCAACGAAGCAAGCAACAAGGUGAACAACCAAGAGGUGGAGGGCCAGGACAGCAACAGGCCUUCAGAGCUGAAGGACCCCAACCAACCCGAUCCUGUCAACGCUACAACACUGUCCGUCAAUCCUCAGCCACCCUCAUCACGGAGGAGGAGCAUUCCUUUAGGCGAGUCCCUGGACGAACCCGUAAAGCUGCCCUUCCGCAUCCCCCCUCCCCCUCUGGCAUCAGUUGACAUCGAUGAGGACUUUGAGUUCUCGGAGCCGCUUCCCCCGCCGCUAGAGUUCGCCAACAGCAUUGACAUUCCCGAUGACCAAGCUAGUGCCAUUGCAGAGAUGCUUCAUCAAAAGAGAAGGAAUGGGGGACACCCUCUGCCCCCAUACCAUGCUCACGCCCCACCGCCGGUCCCUGAUCAACACAAACGGGUGGCAAACAGCAUGCCCCCCCCAUAUCCUCCCCCUCCGCCUGACUCAGAGUCAGGGGUGGGCGACUCAGGCAUCGAGGAGGUAGACAGACGCAGUAGCGGGGAUCCUCAGCACAUGGAGACCACCAGCACCGUUUCCAGCAUCUCCACCCUGUCUUCGGAGGGGGGGUUCUGUGACAGCGCUCUGGAGAGCCUUUAUGCCACCGCAGACGGGCACGCCUUCCUGGUGGAUCGGCCCCCUGUGCCACCCAAACCCAAGGGCAAGUCUGUCAUCAACAGAACAUCGCUUUAUCAUGACACUCUCAUUGAAGAGCCCCCGGAGUCCUAUGGGUUGCCGCCUCAGGCCCCUCCCCCUCCCCCUUCAUCCUCUGAACCACCUAGGACUCCGACUCAAAGGACAUCCAAGCUGUGGGGCGAUCAGCCCCCUGAGCUGCGCAGCCCCCCAUCCACACCAGACUCCAAGAACACAGUUAUCACCGAGCUGAGCUCCAUUCUGCAGCACAUGAAUCGUGACAGGCCAGCCAAGCCAGGAGAAAGCCUCGACUCCCCCACAGGGACCAGGGGGGGCUUUGGAACAAGGCUUCCCGCAGACGACUCAGGGAUGCGUAACAACGCUGCGGCUGCUGCCCCGCUCACACCCCACACCACAGCACUCCCCUCCAAGACGCACCCAUGGUAACAGAGCGCCGACUCGGCUCGCUACGACUCACCCACUGCCUACCUCGCUGCACACCCUCGGUUCGACACCACUACACGACGUACUUCGGCAUGAACACACCCGCCCAGUAGGCACGGCGGCGGCGGCGCCUACAGCCUGAGCUCCUCGUGCGGCGGCAGCGGGAGCUCGCGCUCGCCGUCGCCGCUCACGCUCAUGCAGGCGGUGGCGGCCUCGGGCAAGCCCUUCGCCUCCAAGCCCGUGGAGCUGUGGAGCAAGCACGACGUGGCGGACUGGCUGGAGAGCCUGAACCUGGGCGAGCACCGGGACGCCUUCCUGGACAACGAGAUCGAGGGCGCCCACCUGCCCUCGCUGCAGAAGGAGGACCUGAUAGACCUGGGCGUGACGCGGGUGGGGCACCGCAUGAACAUCGAGCGGGCCCUCAAGAUGCUGCAGGACAGAUAGGCCCCGAGGAGACGGGGGUGGAGACGUGCGGAGCCCGAGGGCCGAGGAGAAAAGGGAGAGGGGGAGGUGGUUCCGAUCACUUUUUACCGAUCUCUUCAUCAGACGUGAUCUCAAGUCGUUGAACUGGGUUUUUUUUUUGUCCGAGCUAAUGCUGCCUCUCGCUGUUUUUUGUCCUCUCUUCAUCCUCCGCCCGCCCUCAUCUCAGCGCUCCGGGUCCCGUCCGCCCGCCCUCUUCAGUGUCUGAUCCACCGCCCUGAGCACCAAGGGAUCAUGGGAUGUCGGGGCGGACCCCGCAAGGGGGGAGGGAGAAGAGAAUAGCUGCUAUGUCACAUCAAGGAGAGCAAGAAGCGGAGGACGCCAGUACGAAGGACCGACCAGAAAACAAAAAAUAACUCUGGAAUAUCGUGUGUGUGGAGGUUUAUUUCACAUAAAAGACUCAUGCUCACCCAACUGCUUUGGAAUACUAAAAGACUUUUUCCAUACACCUCGGUGUGGGUGCAUGAAAAACCAGCUGAGCUGGUCGUUGCUCCUUUUCUAUCUUUGCUAGAGUUUGUUCAGAAAAUAAUAUUUCUUCACUAGAGUCCUACCGGAGUUAUAUUUCUGGGUGCAUCUAAGGUUAUAGAGACAAAUUUGAGAUAGAGACUUUUUUGUUGUUGUUGCUUUUCACCUCGUUUGUGUCAAAAUAAGAACAUUAGCUGACAUAUUUAAAGAAAUACUAAACCAUAUCUUGUGUCCUUACACACACACACACACACACACACACACACACACACACACACUUUAUGCACAGUGCCACACACACACACACACACACUGACAAACAAGAAUACACACUGUCUUCACAGAUAUACACACCCUAAGCAUGUGUACACACACCGUUACUGCAAUGGCCUUCUUCUCCUGAGAGAGAGCAACGCGUGGAGAGAGGUGGUCACCAGAGGAGGAGCUCUGCUGUUACUGUAGCAGGGGGGCCCCCCCCCAGGGGCCCCUCGCCAGUCUACACCCACCCAGUGUCCACCUCAUCAUGCAAGGAAAACCAAGGGGAGGACACGAGGUACAAGACGGACAGACAGACGCUGGACUUGAAAGGUUUAACCGACUUGUCUGUCUGCAAAGGGCGUCCUUGUCCCUCCUGGCUUUUCCUUCUAGUUUUGUGUGUGUGUGUGUGUGUGUGUGUGUGUGUGUGUGUGUGUGUGUGUGUGUGCGCGUGGGUGUGCGCGUGGGUGUGUUUCACUGUUUGACCCGAGAUAUCAAUCAAGGCCAGUUUAGCUAUUUCCAUGGGUCCGCUAUAUAUAGGCCACAGUAUAGGGAAACUAGAGCUGUACUUUACUUUUGUACUUUACUUUCCUUCAUUCUGUCAAAUCUUCUUCCACUUCCUCCCAUUAGCGGGUCAACACAGGUGUUCACGUGGCCCCGCAGCGAUGCUGAUGUUUCACACACCCUGUGUGUGUGUGUGUGUGUGUACGGGUUAGAAAAUGAGGUGUUUUUAGAGAGAGUUUUACAAGGUAAGUUUUAAGGAACAGUUUGACAUUUUGGGAAAUACGCUCCUUUGCUUUCUUGCUGUAACGUUGGUGGUCACGUUCGAACCCCUAUUGGCCGUAUUUACAUUUGCUCUGACGCAGUUUUUCAGUCUUUUUAAUUCAAUUUCAUUUGAAUUAUAAGGUCAAAUUACAAGGGAAGUCAUCUCAGGACACAGAUAGUGUAGGUCUAGACCACACUCUGUAAUUCACAGAGACCCUAACAACGAUUCCCCGCAGGAGCAAGCAAUUGGUUCCUCGGUGUUUUCACAGUGCUUUUCGUAGUUUUUACACAUCUAAGAAUCUAUGUGUGAAUUUUCAUAUGUGUACAUGGACAUUAACACGUCUUAUUAGCAUAAUAAAGUGAUUUUGAUGCCCAGGUGGCCGUACAGGUGGGAAUUAAUAGCUUUUACUUCCUAAGUUGGAGUUGUUGGACUUGUGAAGAACAGAAGGACGGUCUCGGACGUGUCGACAGAACCAAUGUUCAUGUAGAAACGACUCGUUAAUACGGUUAUUACUCCCAAAAAAAGUGACUUUUCACAGCAGGGAGAUAGAUGUGUCCAUGAACACACGGCUAAUUCACCAGUAUUAGCUUCCUUUUUACUUGAGAAAGGUAAGAAGUUACGCUUUAGUUCAACACCAUGAAAUGAAUUGAAAACUUUACAAUAACUAUAUAUACAUUUGUUUUUAACCCUUGUAUUGUCUUCACUUUUGGGACGUUCAAACUGACCCGGGACUUAUUUGGGGUUUUAAAAACAAUUCUGAAAUAACAUUUCACAUCAUAAUCUAUUAACAAAUAUUGUCUUUAUCUCAGUUUCUAACAGCUGAGAUAACAUCUAUGUUUAGGGAAUGCAUCAGUCUCUACUAGCACACUAUUAAACAUGGAAGUGGGGUU